GGCGGGGGGGGCCGGGCGCGGGCACUCCGGGCUGUCCGCCGCUGCCGUGCAGAGCCGCCGCCGGGCCCGAGGCCGAGCAGCCGCCGCGAUGCCCUCGGAGAAGAGCUUCAAGCAGCGCCGCAGCUUCGAGCAAAGAGUGGAAGAUGUACGACUGAUUCGAGAGCAGCAUCCAACUAAAAUACCAGUGAUCAUUGAAAGGUACAAGGGAGAAAAGCAGCUUCCAGUUUUGGAUAAGACCAAGUUCCUGGUGCCAGAUCAUGUUAACAUGAGUGAGCUAAUCAAAAUUAUCAGGCGACGCCUGCAGCUGAACUCCAACCAGGCGUUCUUCCUCCUGGUGAACGGACACAGCAUGGUGAGCGUUUCCACACCCAUAUCCGAGGUGUACGAGAGCGAGAAGGACGAGGAUGGGUUCCUCUACAUGGUGUACGCCUCUCAGGAGACUUUCGGAGAGCAAUCUUCUGUCUAAGAGCGAGUGGCUUCUAGCCUAGGAUUCUGGUUUACCCUUGGCCAUCACCCCCACUCUUCCCCACACGCACCCCAGGGAAGGAAAUGGAUGUCACCUAUGCUCUCAGUACUUUAGCAUAGUCUUGCUUUAGCAGGUGUCUCAUCUUACCUUGCCUUGUUUGUAACUAUUAAACAGUACAGACGAGCACCUCCAGCUUUGAAACCUGCUGUAAUAUUCCACACAGGCA